AUGGACACUUCAGAGCCCAGUUCAACAAGGGAGGAGGAGGAGGAAAGCGGGAGUGAGGGUGCUGGGGAGAACGAAGACACCCUGGAAUCCCUAGAUGCAUGCAGCCAGGAGCUGUUCUCAAGCCAGGAGGAAGGUAGCCAGUCGUGGCAGCCGGUGCUUGGAGAAGGACAAACACCAGAGGAGGUUCCCGAUGCAACCUUGAGAUCUCUGCUAUCUGUCUCAUCACUGGCCGAGAGGCUGCAAAGACUCAGGAAGAGGCCACGUAGAAGCAAAGAAGACAUGCUGCAUGAAGCUGUCUGUGAAGCAGGUGGUUUGGCUCUUAAAGUACCUGAGACCUUUCUCUUACAGAGUGCGUAUGGGUCCCUCUCUGAAGUGAUGCAGAAGUGGAAAGAAUAUCAGCUCCAGUGCCUGAAGUAUCUCUAUGAGACGCCUCCUCUUGUGGCAGAAGGCAAGUUCUGCAGAAGGACAUUGGAUGACUAUGCCUGCUGGCCUGAUGGGCUACCUGGGACCUAUGUGAACGUAAGCUGCCCUUGGUAUCUUCCUUGGGCCAGCACAGUGCUCCAUGGACAAGUUUACCGCUUCUGCACUCCUGAGGGCACUUGGCUGCUGAAGGAGAAUUCCACCCAGCCAUGGAAGAACAUUUCUGAAUGUGAGGCAUCAGACGGGGACGCACCAGAGGAACAACUCCUAUACGUGUCAGUCAUCUACACCAUUGGAUAUGCUCUUUCAUUAUCUGCCCUGGUAAUAGCAACUGCCAUCCUCCUUGGAUUCAGGCAUUUGCACUGCACUAGGAAUUACAUUCACCUGAAUCUCUUCACUUCUUUUAUCCUACGUGCUGUAUCUGUCUUCAUUAAGGAUUCUGUGGUGAAGUGGAUGUACAAAACAGCUACGCCUGAGCACCAGUGGGAAGGACUCCUCUCCUACCAGGAGUCACUCAGCUGCCGCCUGGUUUUUGUGAUGAUGCAGUAUUGUGUGGCUGCAAACUACUACUGGCUGUUGGUGGAAGGCAUGUACCUGUACACACUGCUGGUACUGUCGGUCUUUUCUGAACAGAGAAUUUUCCGGCUUUAUCUCUGCAUUGGCUGGGGUGUACCAAUGCUGUUUGUUAUCCCCUGGGGAAUUGUCAAGUACCUCUAUGAAGAUGAGGGUUGCUGGACCAGAAACCAAAACAUGAAUUACUGGCUGAUCAUCAGACUGCCCAUUCUAAUCGCCAUUGGGGUGAAUUUCCUGAUCUUUAUCAGAGUUAUAUGCAUCAUCAUUUCCAAGCUGCAAGCAAAUCUGAUGUGCAAAACUGACACAAAAUGCAGAUUGGCCAAGUCUACAUUGACUCUGAUCCCGCUGCUGGGGACCCAUGAGGUCAUCUUUGCCUUUGUUACUGAUGAGCACGCCAGAGGAAUGCUACGCUUUGUGAAGCUCUUUUGUGAACUCUCCUUCAACUCCUUCCAGGGACUCAUGGUGGCGAUUCUCUACUGCUUCAUCAACAAUGAGGUUCAGACAGAGUUUCGGAAAAGCUGGGAACGCUGGAGACUAGAACAUUUUUAUGUCCAGAGAGACAGCAGUAUGAAACCACUGAAAUGUCCAGCCAACAGCCUAAGCAGUGGAGGCACAGUGGGCAGCAGUGUCUAUGCUGUCACUUGCCAAGCCACAUUCAGCUAG